CCUCAUUACUUUAAAGGUCUUUCUUGAAAGUAUCCCUGAUGCAGCCUGAAGGAGCCGGCAGCUCACACAGACUGUACCUGCUGCUGGACAUAUGACAGAGUCACACCACACUAAGAAUAUCAGCUGCUCCACCUCUGCUCUGUCCUGCAGUGUUUCUGGCCUUCAGUUUGCAGAGCUCCGACCUCUGAUGGCGCAGUUUGAUUUAACUUCUGAAAGCUCCCAGGACGGCCCGGCGCACCCUUCAGGAGCAGAUGGCUGUCAGCGCGCCAAAGCCUGCUUCCUUAAGGGAGUGUCCUAUUUUGCAGGAGACAUGAAGGUGUUUGGAAAAUGGAUGGAAAAGCAAUUCUUCGUGCUGCAGCUCCUCGACUGGGUUUUGCGCGGAGCCUCCCAAGUAAUGUUCGUCAACAACCCUUUGAGCGGCCUCCUUAUUUUUGCGGGCCUCAUCCUGCAGAACUACUGGUGGGCUCUUAAUGGAUUUGUGGGAACCCUCUUUGCAACCAUCUCUGCUCUCAUUCUGCAGCAAGACAGGGGUGCGAUAGCCGCUGGGUUGUACGGCUACAACGGCAUCCUGGUGGGUUUGCUGAUGGCAGUGUUUUCCAAUGCAGGAAACUGGUACUGGUGGCUCCUGCUGCCCAACAUCUUCAUGUCUAUGAUGUGCCCGGUGGUGUCCAGUGCUCUGGCAUCUAUCAACAGUCGCUGGGAUCUGCCAGUCUUCACGCUGCCCUUCAACAUCCUGGUGUGUCUCCACAUGGUUGCUACGGGCCACUACAACCACCACUUCCCCCAAGUGCUCAUUCAGCCUCGCACUGAGCUCCCUAACAUCACCUGGGAUGAGCUUGACGUGGCCAAGCUGUUCAUGUCAAUUCCUGUGGGAAUUGGUCAGGUGUAUGGCUGUGACAACCCUUGGACUGGAGGAAUCUUCAUCAUCUCCCUCUUCAUCUCCUCUCCCAUCACAUGUGUUCAUGCUGUCAUGGGAUCUGCAGUGGGGAUGGUUUCAGGUCUGGCUUUAGCGGCUCCUUUUGGGGACAUUUACUUUGGUCUGUGGGGGUACAACUGCGUCCUAGCCUGUAUUGCAGUUGGAGGAAUGUUUUACGCCCUGACUUGGCAGGUGCACUUGCUUGCAAUCACAUGCGCUUUUUUCUGUGCGUACCUCGGCUCAGCCAUCGCCAACAUCAUGUCCACGUUUGGUCUCCCAGCAUGCACCUGGCCUUUCUGCCUGUCAGCCCUCACCUUCCUCCUCCUGACCACCGGGACCAACAAGAUUUUCAAGCUGCCGCUCGCCAAAGUCACCUAUCCUGAGAAAAACCUGACCUUCUACUGGAAGAUGAAGAAGAAUGAAAAGGCAGAGAAGGCCAAGGCAGUGAGGAAGGAGCAAGAAGAGCAACUGAAAGCCAUUGAGAGAGACCUGAUACUCAACGAGAAAGAGAAAAUAAGGCUAGAGAUCGAGAGAAUGGAAGAGGGAAGAGUUGAAGGUCAAGUUGAGAGCUCAUGCACCGAACAACGAGGACCUGAGCAGGUUUCUGAUGAAGAGAGGAGUGAAGAAGAUAAAGUUACAGAAGAAAUGCAAGCUGAUUCGCUUUGAAGUGUCAACACAUAAAAAUAAUCUCAGUUUUUGCUUAUCGGUAUUGAACUCUAUAUGGCGUUAUACAGCUUUUUUUUCUUCAAGCACACCAUAAAUUUUCAUGACUCUACAGUCUUAUCCCAUUUUGUUGUUGCUGUUUUCAAGGAAAAGCAUUAUAAACUUGUUCAAUACCAUAUUUUUUAGCUUUUAUAUAUAAUUUUAAACUUGUUUGAUACAAAAGAAAUCAUAAAAAUAGGUAAAACACACAUUUAAAAGGUUUAAAAGACACAAUUCUUUAUUUAAAACAUGUUUUUUUUCGUUUUUAAUGUUGCUUUUGACUUACACAUAUAGAAAAAUGUUAUACUUGUAUAAAACUUUCUUUAUACGUGUUUUAUGGUGGAGACCAUUUUUGUUAUUUUUAAGAAAAUUAUCAUAAAUGUAUAAAAAAUAUUAACAUUUUUUGUAUUUUUUGUUUUUUAAUAAAAAUAAAAAAAAACAGAUACUCUGUGCUUGUGAUCCUCACAUGAUUAUUAUGUAACCAUGUCAGUCAAAGUGGAGGAAACUUUGCACUGCAUGACUUCAAGAAAACAAGAUAAGACCAAUUCUUCCAGUGUUGUGGUCUGCAUGAUGUCAUGAGGUUUGGGAAUUUCUUUUCUCCUUAAAGUGUUGACAAAAUAUUAAAAGCUUCCUAAAAACUUUAGGAAAACACUAACUCGUCGAGCAUGAGUUAAAUCUCCAAACAGCUUUUGUUUUUACUGAAAACUGGGUCCUAAUUCAUGUUUGGUUUACAUGUCAGCACAAGUAAUAUGCUACAGUAAGUCAAAAUGUUACUUUCAGGAACUAUUCUCAAAACAUGUUUUAGAGAAUUCCUAAAGUUAAAACAUUUUAAUAAAUACAUUUGUGGUGU